AUGUCAGAUAGCGUUGGUAUGUCAUAUUGUUUAAAGCAAAAGAAAAGGAAGAAAAAUGUUGGAGUAAUAUGGAUAGACUCUUUUGUCGGUCUUUCCCAAUCGUCACAUACUAACUAGAGGAAUCCAAUCUAGAUCGAGUGUUUGUCAAGGCAAUCUCAACCAUCAAGGCCUUAUCCUCACGCUCAAACUAUGGCUCCCUACCACGACCACCCGCGGAAAACAGGGUUAAACUAUACGGCUUGUACAAGCAAGCCACAGAAGGAGACGUUAAGGGCAUAGUGCCACGUCCCGUGGGUUUUACUCCCGAAGACGAAGGGGCCAAGAAGAAAUGGGAUGCUUGGAAACGCGAAGAAGGUUUACCGAAAGUCGAAGCCAAGAAGAGAUACAUUCUGUUUUUGAUAGAUACAAUGCGAGUAUAUGCUAGUGGCACGUUGGAAGCUAGAGAGUUGCUCAAUGAAUUGGAAUAUCUUUGGGAGCAAAUUAAGGAUUUACCUGUAUCUGAUGACGAUGACGAGGAUGAUCACAACCAGAACCGCGGGCAUGGUAUGCAAUUGCCCUCGAGAUCGCCCAGUUUCAGCCAGGCUGAUAGAUUUUCGAACAGGACUCCCAGCAUUACCGGCACUGCUAGCCGUCACGGUGGUGCUGGUGCUGGUGCUGGUAGUAUUGGCGGUGCGUUGGGGAAUAUUUAUUCACAUUCGCGGAGGAAUACGCAGUUGUCGUUGAAUGAAUACGUUAAUCAACAGAGAUUGCACCAUCAGCCACUGGUGCAGGAAGGAGUAGAGGUGACUUCGCACACUGCUGGAUUUGGUGGGCCUGGUUCGAUUGCUUCUCUCUCGGCUAGAGCUGGCACCACGAACGUUAUUGAGGAUUUCAAGAAUUGGCAAAGCGACGUGAACUCGAUCAUCAAUAAGCUCACUCGGGAGUUUGUCAAUAGUCGGAGAGAAAGCCAACAACAUGCCGAGCCAAGAGGCGGUAAGGGUGAAGACAAAGGUGACGAAAAUGGGUCCGAAGCUGAAUUGGAUGACGUUGAGAUUAUGAAGCGGAAAUUGCUCCGCAUUUUAAAGAUUGUGGGGAUUAAUUUAUUGAAGUUUUUAAAGAAUUUUGCUGUUAGCUUGGUGGCGAUUUUGUUUCUUGUUUGGUGUAUUAAGAAGAAUGUGGUCGUGAAAAACACGGUGGUUAGACACGCAAAUAAUAACGGUAAGGAGAAGAAGGAACUCAUCAUCAAUAUGGUGUUAAACACCGAUGAAAACAAAUGGUUUAUCAGAUUGUUGAACUUUAUAAAUAGCUUUGUUGGCUUUGUCUAG